UGCUCCUGUCCUGAUAUCACUCCGCUGGCAUGGUGGAGCAGUGGACCUGAUUAUUGUGAUGGUGGCAGGCGGCAGUCUGUGUCUGCACACUUCCGCCACUGCUUCCACAUCCGUGUUCAACACCGUCUGGACUCAAGUUGCCUCACAAGUGGACUAGCCAGGGCGCUUGCGUCUCCUCGGGUGCCUCAACGACAUCUUCCCCAGGAUUUCUUUCAGAACUAGCUAGUGGGAGAUGCAAGUUCAUAGGGAAACUACGGAGCCCGUUCGGUACAGGGAGCCAAACUUUUUCUCAAAGGACUGCACCGUGACACGGCCAGUGGACUGUUGCUGCCUCGCGGGACGGGUACCGAGUGCUGUGCUGUCCGCCGCCUGUUAACGCCGCUGAUAUAUCGGGUUGUUUUGCGGUGCUAUUGUGAGCAGCGUGGCGGCGGCUUUGUUGUUCAAUUCCGAAUGGGCUACGCUCGAGUUUCGCUCGGGCUGUCGGCUGUUCGUGCGAUCAGGAGCCGUUUCUUUUGAAGCAUUUCUCAUGAAGGACGGCCAGUAAUACAUGGCUGCGGGACUCGCUGCCCUUUAAACCUCGGCGGUUGUUGCUCUUGGUUCCAACCUCUGUCCGGUCUCCGCGGGGGCCGCAGAGUGAGGCAGUGGCCAAGCUGUUCUGGAAGAAAAGUUCCUUCAAAAUAGCAGCCAUUCGGCCGAGUGAUGGGGGACUUUGCCUCCCCCGCUGCCGGACCCAACGGCAGUAUCUGCAUCAACAACUCCAUGAACCCGGGUGCCGGGAGCAUGGUGCCUGCCGGUGCGGUGGGCAUACCCAAACACAGCACCGUGGUGGAGAGGCUGAGGCAGCGGAUAGAAGGCUGCAAGAGACACCACAUCAGCUGUGAGACCAGGUACCAACAAGCCCGCGCCGAACAACUGGAGCUAGAGAGGAGGGAGACGGUCAGUCUCUACCAGCGGAGUCUGGAGCAAAGGUCCAAGAAGUCCGGCAGCAAUAGCAGCAAGCAACCGCAGAGCAAGCAGACGGACUCUGACUCUGCGUCCACCACGGAACAGAGGAAUAACACACUGAUAGCGCUUCAGGAGACUGUGAAGAGGAAAUUGGACAGCGCACGCUCUCCUCUCAAUGGAGACCAGAACGGCAUCUGUGAUGGAGGCAGUUACUCUCCAACUACCAAACGGGUACGGAAGGAGGCUCCUGGUGGCUUGGAUUCAAUAACAAGUCUCCCCAACAACAACAGUGUUCCUUCUCCUCUGCACCAUCAUACGGACAUUAAGCCGUUACUGAGCGGUACCAAUACAUCCUCUGGAAACACAACAAACAGCAAUGGUAACCAUGUGAACCGAUCAUCUGAUGACCUUGCCAAGAAUGGGGUUAACCAUCUUCCAGACAUGAAGCUCAAUGGCUCACUUGACCUGGAGGACAGUUUUGGUCUGCUGAAAGACUUGAAGCAAGAGCCACUUGACGAUGCGGGUGGUAUGGAGUCUUCGGAUCCGCAGUCUUUGUCCAAUCAAAACAAGUUGUUCUCGGACAUCAACCUCAAUGACCAAGAGUGGCAGGAGUUGAUUGACGAACUGACCAAUACCGUGCCCGAAGACGACAUGCAUGACCUCUUCAACGAAGACUUUGAGGACAAAAAGGAGGCAGAGUUCGGACGAUCUGCAAAUAAUCAGACACCUGGACCGCCGGAACCGCCUGGGGGUGCCACGGCUCCUGGAGGUGGAGCAGUGCUGGCCACAUCGCUUAAUCCCCCUGCACAGCCUUCCCAGAGUGGACAGCAAGUCCCGAUGGGCUCGCCACAGGUUCGACCGUCAUCCUCAGGACCUCAAUUUGCCACUACUGCGAAUGGAACUCCACCUCAACAACCUCUGCAGCAAUCUCCGGCCGUUGCCAUGGCAUCAGGUUCUCCUCUACACAACUGUGUGGCUCGGUCCCCUCAGACUCCGACUCAGGCCCAGACGCAAGCAAUUUCUAGGGCUGGGAAUGGGUUUGUGAUGAAUGCGGGCCCUGUGGUCAGUCAGACUGUGUCAGGCCCGGCAACAGCUGGAGGACAGCCAGUAGGGCCCGUAACACCAGAGCUUUCGCCUGCUGAGCAACUAAAAGCUAUGGCAGCCCAACAACGGGCCAAACUGAUGCAGCAGAAGCAGCAACAACAACAACAACAACAACAACAGCAGCAGCAGCAAACUGCCAACUGGUCCCCGGCAGGACCCCCCACAAGCCCUUAUAACGCUGGUCCCUUUAACCAAGACAAACCCAACAGCCCAAUGAUGUACCCACAACAAGCCUUCAAUGCACCACAGGCCCCUCUGGUGGCUGGUAUGACUCCCAACAAUGGCCCCAAAACCCCCAUGAAUAACUACCUCCCUCACAACCAUAUGGGCAUGAUGGGACAGCAGCAGCCCACUAGCAUUAACCAGAACCCGUUGACCAAGCAGCAGCAGCAGCAGCAACAACAGCAGCAGCAGACAGCAGCCAUGUUGUCUUACAACAACACCAAACCGCUGACUCACUUCAGUGGUAGUGGGGUUGACCACAUGGGCCAGAGGAUGACCCCACCUAUGGGAGCGAACAAUCAGGUCAAGAACCCCAUGAUGCCCCCCUACAUGGGUGGAGGAGGUGGUGGGGGUCAGGGAGCCGGACCAGGACAGACCCAGGGGCCCAUCCCAGGUCAAACAGCUCACUUGAGUGAAGAACAGAAGAGGAUGCUCUUGAUGAAGCAAAAGGUUCUGAACCAGAACAUGCCAUACACCACCAUGCAGGCUCAUGGACAGGAACAAGGUGUGGGUGGAAUUUCAAGACCACCAGGAGCCAUUCCACCACCACACCCCGGAGGCAGUGUUGCAUCUGGAGUGGGGCCUAAUCAAGGAUCAGGACCACCGCCGGGGUAUGUGGGUAACCAGCAGCAGGCAGCCAUGAUGAAACAAAUGAUGGUGAUGGAGCAGGAGAAAAGAGUGCAGAUGCACAUGAUGGAACAGCAGAAGCAACAGCUUUUCAGGGAGCAGAGGCAACAGCAGCAGCUUCUGGCCGAGCAGCUGCAACAGCAGCAGCAGCAGCAGCAUCUACCAAGACAGAUGAGCCAGGGCCAGAGGAACCCUUACCCUCAAGUCAAUCAAUUCCAAGGUCCUCCACAAGAUCUCGCCACAAGGAGCCAGGCACUCCAGACCAUUCGGGCUGCUCGUCUGCUCCAACAGCAGCAGCAGCAGAACCAGCAGCAAAUGGUCCAGAUGAAUUCUGUCCAGGGCCAGGGAGGCUCAGUAGGACCCCAAAAUGAUAUGGGCCUCCCCUACGGUAACCAGGGGGGCAAUCAGGGUUCUCUCUAUGGGCUCAACCCCUCCAUGAGCCAUAUGAUCCACCAGCAGCAGCACCAGAGCCAAAGUGUCCAAGCCUCGAUUGGUCUUCCACCACAACAGAACCCUACUGCAGGGCCCCCCAGGCAGGCAGGAGCGGGGCAUGGAGUUGGAGGUUUGCCAGGAGGUCCUAGCAGUGGCGGAGCCGGAGGCUAUGGUGGGCAGGGGAUGCUGAUGAACACUUUAAAUCCGCAGCCCCUGAAAGGACCACAGAAUGCCAAAGCCCAGGCACAAAGGCUACAGAGCAUGCUAGGAGCUGGAGCAGGUGGAAGUGGGAUGGGUCCUGGGGGCUGGCCCCAGCAGCAGGCCAUUGGAGGAGCAGUUGGAAGGACUACAGGGGGAUCUGGAGGAGACAUGGUGGGCUUCAGUUCAGCACAAGGUUACGGAAUGCAGCCUGGCCAGCCUCCACGAAUGACCAAGCAACAUUUCCAGGGACAGGGAAUGGGUCAAGGGAUAGACCCAAGGAUGGGGAACCCUUCUGCAGGUAUGGGUGGCCCAAUGCUAGCCCCUCACAUGACUAGUCAGCCAAGGACCAACCAACCACGACCGAUGGUCAUGAACCAAGGGGUGAUGGGCCAGGGCAUGAGUGGGAUGGCAGGUUUGGCGCCUGGGAUAGGAGCAGGAGGAGGACCAAGCGGACCAUACGGACCAGGGGCUGUUGGGGUAGGCAGCCAGACACAGGGCUACCAAAGGACAGCCAAUCAGGACAUGUCUUCAUAUGGGUAUGGGGGCACGCCCUCUGGGGGAGGAGCCUUUGGAUUGGCAGAUGGAUCAGGGGUGGAGCUGGACUCAAAUGAUGGUUGGAUGGAUGAGUUUUUCCCAAACCAAUAGCCAACAAGAAACUGGACGCACGUUUAUACUGGAGGAAUUUCAAACAAUCGAAUGAAGGGGGCAUGUUAUACAAAACAUGAGCAAGAUUUCGAAGGUUAUCUGUUUUAUGUGUGAUAUCUGCACUCUGAUAUCGUGUCUUGUGUGCAUUAAUGAAUGACAACCCAACCCCGCCCCAAACCUAACAUAAUCAAAAUAUUCAUGUUGGAAUUUUGUUUUCGUCUGACUGACACAAGACUCUAGACUCUCUGCUGUUUGUGUCUUUCACUGUCACCUGUAAUGUGGUUCUCUGUAUUCUGCUUCCUUCAUUCUUUCUUGGUCCAGAGACUUGUCACGCACUCCCAACGCUCUUGUUUAAAUUUUCCACCUCGCUACAAAGCAGACAGUUAUCUGUCGCCACCAAGGAAAGAACUUGUCACUCUCUAACUCCUGCUGGAAGCUACUGACUUGUUUAGUGAGGUGUGACGGGAGGGCGGAGUCCAUUUCCAUACUGAGGUUGUAAUGACAGACAAGCACCAAAUGUGUCAGAAAGUGAAUGGACUGCGGAAGAUAUACACACACAAACACGUUUGUCUUCCUAUCUUAGUGAGGACCAUCACUGACAUUAUGCUUUCCCCGGCCUCUCACCCUAAACCUAAUCAUCUAAAACAAAUAGUAAAACGUGACCUUAACUCUUAAAACCCAAUUAUAAUAACCUAGCUAUUUUGUAGUUUUAACCCUCAAAAGGAGGCAUAACUAAGUGAGCCCAAAAUGUCCUCACUUUGCAGAAAUGUUCAAACUCAUACAGGUUCUCACAAAGAUAGAAGAACAAGAACACACACACACACAGCCAACAGAAGCCUGAGCUAAUUUAACAUUCAAUCCACCACAGGUAUGAAAAAUGGCAUCUUAAAUGCCAGAGGGUCACAAAGCUGAAUGCUCACUGAAUGUAUCUAACACCACAAGUGACUUCUAUUUCCUAAACUCAUUGAAAGCCCACACAUUUCUGCCUUUUUUAAUUGCAGAACAUAGCUGCACUCAUGUCUCGUCAAUGAAAAACAUAAAAAGUGCUGUCUGUUAGUUUGUGUUGUCCUCGACUGUGGUGACUGCUGCGCUACCAUCACUCCCAACUGUGACCUUGUCCACCACUUGACUUUGAAAAUCAACCACUGUUUGACCAUCAGUGUUCUGGAUCACAUCUAUCAAAAUAAACCACUGCUUCCAAUGAAUACCCUCCUCUUUGUCAGUGUCCUGCACAUGUGUGUGAGCUACUCGCCUGGAUCACUGGAGGAUGACAGAGCUUGUACUCACCUGAAAGAGCAUUUGGUGGAUGAACAAACCAAAACUGCCUUCUUCUCUGUAAACUAGGCUCUUGUCUCCAUAUAGUCGUUGGUGUUCUACAAUCCAGCCCUUUAACGCUCACAUGUCAUGCCUGUAGUCCUGUGCGCAUAGCUGUCUUCAGUAGCACCCACCAGUGAGCUUCUGUGGUUACACCUUUGUCUUUGGGGUAACAGAUCUGUUGUUUCUUUGAGAAUUUUUGAGUUCAGCUGCAAGGCAUUGGUCGGGGCAUGAUGCUGGGAACAGACCUUGCUUUUUUGACACACUUUAAGGAGGUCAGUUAGGAGAAAGUGUCUAUGUCCAUGCUUCUUUGAAGUCAAAGCUAUCCUCUCAUCCCCUCUUGUACUGGGACCAAGUCUGUAGACAUUUCUAACAAAACAGAAAAAAAAAACUUGUUGAUGUUCUUUGUUUUAUUUUAACUGUUUUUUUUAACUGGUGCUGACAUAUAUGUGACUAUGAGAAGAGUAUAUAAAGAUAAUGGCUAUUUGUACAUAUGUUUUUACAGGUUUAAAUACAUCAGAUAAUACAGUCUCUACUCUGUAAAGAAUUUACUGUUUGUUGAAAAAUAGAGUAUUUUUAUUUUUUAAGUUUUUCUGUUUCUCUUUUAACCCAUCUGAGCUAUGUCAUUGCACUUCAGACAAUGUCUUACUACUAAUUUGUAUCGUAAAAUCUCUGUUUUUUCUGUUUUGUUUUCUAGUUUUUAAUUGGCCUCUGUUCUUAACCAGUGCUUAUUUCUUUUCAUUCUGUACAGAAUCCAGAAAUGUCAACAAAAGAAGCUGGGUUUUUUUGUUUUUCAAACAGAUACAAUAAAGAGAGCGUUUUCUUGCUGAUCAUUUAAAAUGUGAAUUUGUGAUUUUUUUUUUUUAUUUGAACUUUACAGUCAUUGAAUUUAAGGUUGUGUCCACGCUUCAAAUACAGAAGUCCUUGUUGAAACAAGUGUUACAAUGGGAGCCAACAAAAAAAAUCAGAACAUAAAAAAGUCAACCAUUGCUGUAAAAAUAUAUACCAUUGUCAAACUGCUGGAGAUUUUGGGGCUGUUGUUUGAAUUUCUGAACAAUGCAGAAACACAUGAGGCAGUGGUGUGUG